AAUCAGAGGAAAUGACGUGCUAAUGUUUUGAUUCGUGCGGGCUAACGAACUAGCUAGCUAGCUAGUAACAACUGCAGUGACCAGCCUCCCCUGAUACAUCUGGGGCAAACGUUGAGCUUCAUGUCCCCAUAGUUUCUGUCACAUAGGAGAACGCAAUGGACCUCCACAAAAUCAUCCACAGUGCGCUGCACGAAUUUAUUCAGGCUUACAUUCCUGAUGCAGAUCUCAGCACACUGGAUGAUGUUCUUCUGUUUUACAUCACUGGAGUCCUGGAGGAUCUCGGCUCCCAGCAGAGUGUUGAGGAGAACUUUGAUGUGGAGGUCUUUGCAGAGAUGCUAGAAGCUUACAUACCUGGUUUUGCGGAAAUUGACAGUGUCAAAGUCUGUGAAAUGAUGUUCAAUCUGGCUUCUAAACUAGCCACUGCUAGGACCUCAGCUGAUGAAGCAAACCUUGAGCCUAAGGCAAGGGCAGAAGAGAUUUCAUUGAAACUCACCGAUCUGCCCAGUGAACCUCCACCAGGAGAAACGCAGUGCCUUAAAACACAAACAGAGGGCGCCACUGCCAAGCUACCAUUGUCUGAGUGGGAGUCCCAGGAGCAGCAUCUGCUGGAGAUGUUUCCCAAGUGUAGUCUGUCCGAGGCUCGCAGCGCCCUGUCUAUUGCCAAAGGAGACAUGGAGGAAGCUGUGCGCCUUAUCAUAGAGGGUGAUGUCCAACUCAGCCCCACUCCUCUUAAUGUAAACCAUGGGAAGAGUAUUUCCUCACUGGCAGACCAGAAACUUAAAGAGAGCAUCCUUGAGAAGUACAUGCUGGUGGACAGGGAGGAUGAUAAGAAAACACACCGGCCUGUCGCCCCCAAAGAUUUUUAUUUUUACAGGCUCCAAAGAAGCUAGUUCGGUACCACAGUAACCAGGUGGUAACCACAAAAGGAGAGCGAUAUCACCUUGUGAAGAAAGACGAAGCAGAGGACAUGAAGAAGACAUAUGUCAACCUCAAGCCUGCACGAAAGUACAGAUUCCAUUAAUGACGUGCACACCACAGUGUAAGAGCAGCUAAUGACAAUAUUGUUUAAGUUUUUUUUGUUUGUUUUUCAUUUGGCCUGAAUUUUUUAGAUUUUUCUCAAGUAAAAGAACAUAUUUGUUAUUGUUUGAGUGGCUUAUUUGUUACCUUUUAUAUGCCUUGGUUAAAACAUUUUACAAUGUUUCAGUUGACAUAUAUGAUAUUUUGUUGAUGUUGUAACUUGUGUUCUUGUUUGUGAGGCAGCCUAACCUAUCUACUUUUUGCCAUCUCAGCAGGUCUGAUGUUGCACUGACAGUAGUGUCUUUUUUUAACCUCUUAAUUUUAUUUUUUUAAUUUGUAUUUUCUUUAACUUACAAUAGAAAAUAUAGAUUCAUAACUGUGACAUAAAGUUGUAUGAUGAAUCUAUUGUCAUUUCUGUAAAUAAGUUCUCGUGGUGCUGUAGUUUCUUCUGGACGUUACAAGUCUCAACUGCUUUUGUAUGUACAUAUCAAAUCAUUGAUGCCAAUUUCAUUUAAAGUUCUAUUUUUACAUCAUACAGGAAAACAGUGCUGUUUGGUCAAGCCUUGUGAUUUGGACAAUUUGUUGUGCUACAAAAUAGUUUUUGAUUGAAAACUUAUUUUUGAGAUAUAUAGAUCUUUUUAUGAACAUUUGUACAGCAGGUAGCCACAGCAAUCCUCACACAGGGUUUGAUAUGUGGGUUCCCUCUCCUGAGGGCAAAUCAAGGAAGUGUAUGUGAUAAUAUGCCAAGUUUUCCACUUUAUAAAAUUAUUUCUUGCUGUUUAUAAUUUCUAAAAUGAAAAACAGAAAUGCACAUGCUUUUUUUUUAACAUAAUGACCUGGGCUCAAAGGCAUCCAAAAGUGAGAUCUGUCAGCCCAUUGCUACAACCUGAGAGAAAUGGUAAAUAUUUGCACAAUGGCUCAACUUUAAUGGAAAACACUAUAUAACAAUCAAUACAUUAAUGUGCAAUAGAUUUUCUAGCACAACAAAUUCUAGUCUCAAGAGAUUACAGCACUGUAAUUUCUGUCAUAAUGGAGGACCAUGGUUGCCCCCUAAAUGUUAAGCGAAACAUGCUGCGUGAGGACUUGAUUUUAAAGUUCAUUCCAACAGCAUUAUCUUUAUUUUUGAUAUAGAUGUAUAGAUCUGCAACGUCUCCAAUCAUGUAUUUAUUGUGAAGAGGGCCGCUGUGUGCUUUCAGGGUCUGUUUACAUGUUACCGAAGCGGUCCUCUAUCACAGCUCCUUUCAUCUCGUGUGUUGUGAAUUUUGUUUCGCUUGUGAUUGUUGGUUGUAGAAACCUUGAUUAUGAUUGGAUUCGCGUUUGAUUUUUGUUAGUUGUAUAGAAGGAUAAAUGGGCUGGUCAGAUGCUUUUUAUUUUUUUUACUAAUAUAUACUUGUAUUUGUCUGCAUCCAUUUCAAGCAACAACUGUAUAAGCAAUUGUUUUGAAUUGGUGGUAUUUUUUUCUGAGUGUAGGUGUAACACAAUCAAGUGUUGAAAAGAUGUUACUGAUUAUCAGCAGCAAUGUUGUCUUAAAUUACUAUAUGAAGCUGUUUAGUCAGUUUUAACCCUGUGCUUUAAGAAACUGCUGACGCACAAUUUGUAGUAAAUAAAUACACAUUUUUGUAGAUCAUUCACAUCCUA